GUCUACCCCAGCAGAGUGCGCGGAGCGCCACAGGUGGACUGCACCUCACUCCCAGGCGGCGCCAUGAGCCGCAGUUUGGAUGCUGCGCGGAGCUUCUUGGAGCAGCUGGAGGCACUGGGCGGCAGGGAUGGGGUGGUCUUCGCCGGCGAGUUCAGCGACAUCCGGGCCCGCUCAGCUGCCUGGAAGACGGAAAGCGUGCGCUCAACAGAGGCCGGCAGUCGACCCGAGAACGUGAGGAAGAACCGCUACAAGGAUGUGGUGCCUUACGAUCAGACACGAGUGAUCCUUUCGCUGCUUCAGGAAGAGGGACAUGGCGACUACAUCAAUGGCAACUUCAUCAGGGGCACAGACGGAAGCCAGGCCUACAUCGCCACGCAAGGACCCCUGCCUCACACCUUGCUGGACUUCUGGCGCCUCAUCUGGGAAUUUGGGGUCAAGGUCAUCCUGAUGGCCUGUCAGGAGAUGGAGAAUGGACGGAAAAAGUGUGAGCGUUACUGGGCCCUACAACAGGAACCACUGCAGAUUGGGCCUUUCGGCAUCACUCUGACAAGGGAGAUGUGGCUGAACCCAGACAUCACACUCAGGACCCUGCAGGUCACCUUCCAGAAGGAAUCCCGCUCAGUGUCCCAGCUGCAGUAUAUGUCCUGGCCAGACAGAGGGGUCCCCAGCAAUCCUGACCACGUACUCGCCAUGGUUGAGGAAGCUCGGCACCUCCAGGGAUCUGGUCCCAACCCCCUCUGCGUCCACUGCAGUGCUGGCUGCGGGCGAACAGGUGUCCUGUGCACUGUGGAUUAUGUGAGACAGUUGCUUCUGACCCAGAUGAUCCCACCUAACUUCAGCCUCUUCAGUGUGGUCCUGGAGAUUCGGAAGCAGCGGCCUAUGGCCAUACAGACAGAGGAGCAGUACAGGUUCCUGUACCACACAGUGGCUCAGAUGUUUCUCUCAGCGCUACAGAAUGCCAGCCGUCAUUACCAGAACCUCAAGGAGAAUCGUGUCCCACUCUACGAUGACGCCCUCUCCCUCUGGACUUCCCAGACCCUGAAUGCCACCGCCCGCCCAUCCAGCGGAGUCCUCAGGAGCAUCUCGGUGCCCGGGCCCCCGGCCCUCUCCAUGGCCGACACUUACGCGGUGGUGCAGAAGCGUGCGGCCCCCGUGGGCACCGGGGCAGGCGCGGGCGCGCGGGCGCACGGCACGGACGACACGCCAGUCUACAGCCAGGUGACGCCGCGCGCCUGGCGGCACCAGGCGCCAUCCGAGGACGCGCGCGGCGCGCAGCCGGGCCGCGUUCCUGUUGACGAAGGCCUGGCUGGGCCUGGCGCCUAUGAGGACGUGGCGGAUGGAGCUCAGAGUGGUGGGCUAGGCUUUAACCUGCGCAUCGGGAGGCCUAAAGGACCCCGAGAUCCGCCUGCUGAGUGGACCCGGGUGUGAGUGCUGCGCCCCUGCCUGUCUGUUGCUCCACAUGGGUGCCUGGACUGCUGAGGGUCAUGCUCUGCUUUGGGAAGUGUUGGGAAUGGGGGUGCUGGGCUGAAUCAAAAUAAAUGUUUCUUAGCGUGGAAGAUGUGGGGCUUUGCCUUGGUGGUUAUAGCAUUCAAGGCACUGAAACCAUGUUCAAGUCCCUGUGUCCUUGUCUUUUGAAGUAAAAUGCUGACUCAAGAGUUAAUGAUUUGGAAAUGUGAAGAUGUAGAAACAAAGAAUAGUUGUUGAGCUAGGGAACUGGUAACAAUUUAGACUAUAAUUCUACCCCAUGGUAGAAUCACUCAACUCCCUCCUAAGUUGUUUUUACAGGAAGCAGAUCCCCACAAGAUAAAAAGUGCUGACAACAAAAACAUAGACCCUAUAGACUGUUUGAACCAGAAGGUGAAGAUGCUGAAACUUAACCUUGAUGCCAACCACUCCAAGGGCCGUCCACGAGCUCGGUCCACGAUCGCCCCCUGCUCCUUGAACACUAUAACACUCCUCACCACCCCCUCUAGGGUGGGCCACAUGGUAUUCAAGGCAUUAGCCCACUGUGGCCCCCUAGGCCUGGCAAAACAAUAAAAGCUACCCUUUUCUACUUCACCCAAAA